GACGUCACAGCCUGCAGCUAUCAGAGGUGGAUCCGCUGAAGGAGCUCCGCCGCUCGGCCUCAGCUUGUCUGGGGCAAAAUGAAUCAUGGAUGAGGAGGUUGCCGAAAGUUGGGAAGAAGCUGCUGAUAGUGGGGAAAUGGAAAAACGGUUAGAAGAGAAGCUUCGGAUCAGCCAGAGAGAAAAAGAGUCCAGUAAUUCUUCACGCUCGCCAUUAAAAACAACCAUGGUAAUACAGGACAACUCGUUACCAGCAGCACCCCCACCUCAGAUACGGAUUUUGAAGCGGCCAACGAGCAACGGGUCCCUGGGGUCCCCCAUGAACCAGAACAGGCCUUCGCCGCAGGUCAAAUCUCUGGCCCAGCGGGAAGCGGAGUAUGCAGAGGCCCGGAAGCGAAUACUGGGCAGCGCCUGCCCAGAGGAAGCUCCUCAGGAUAAACCCAACACUGACAGGCCAGGGCGCAAUAACUCCACACUGCCUUCAGAGGACUCCAGAUCAAACAGUCACACGGUCCGACAGCCUGCCGGCCCUGACGGCACCCAGGGGUUCCGACAGCACAGAUAAGUGGGCCUCGAGGGCGACCCAGUCAUCGAGGGGAGAGAUUAGGAGCUACGUGAGAUCAAACCCAGUACUGCUUUCUUGAAACUUCCUUCCUUCAGUUCUCUCGUCGGUCGGGCUGAGACUGUGGCUGCGUCGUUGCCCUCCUGUUCCUUUCUGCAACCGUGCAACGAGCGAGGAGCUCCAGGAGGAAGUGGAAUGGAAACCUCCUCUCUCUGAAGUCUGUUUGGCACUGUGAUUAUAGACAUAUAUUCUGGACUCACUGUGAUACCCCCCCCCCCCCCCACACACUUU